AAAUAAAAUAAUAAAGUAUACAAGUGCGAAUUGAUGCCUUGAACAUACUCUACUACACUAGCAAGGACGUAUAUAAAUAUGAGUGAAUGGAAAAACGGUUGGAGCACUGCAUCAAACAAGUUUCUAUAUUCACAACUACUUGUCACUUCUCAACAAGGUAAGGUUGCAGGAAAACAUCAAGAUGGCUUCAGAACAAGCAAUUGUAAAGAAUGACUACCAACAAGAGCAGGAAAAAGAUGUGAAGAAGAUGGUUCAGAAGGCAAAGAGCAUUGGCGCCAAAGGCAGAAACAGCUUAAAUGCCGCUGUUCAAGCGCAAGACAGCACGGUGGUCUCGAUGCAAAACAACAACAGCGGAAUGAUGAGUUUUUCUCAAAGCUAUGAUUGGAAUGGGAAAGUCACUGGUACCGGAUAUCCUCCGGCUAUUCCGUCAAAGGGUUCACUUAGCUUCACCCAUAAUGGGCCACCUAACGAUGGCUCUCAAGGCGCGGUAGUUUACACUGGCACCAGCGCGAAUGGAAAUGCUUGUGGAUGGCUUUUGGCUUGGAUUGCACCCACCAACAUCACCGCAACCACUCCAAAUAGGGUAUAUAUUGAAUGUGGCUCCGUUAAUAACUACGCAACCAUUGAUUGGUCUGCCAUCAAAGCUAAGCUCGAUGUAGCACCCCUCCUCCAAUUACACCAUGGACCCAAUCACCAGGUCCAGCAUUAGUGCCGAAAUCACUGGUAACGGUGGCUAUGCCGCCCUUGGUGCAACUUUUGGAUCCAUGUAAUCCAUUACUAGCAACUAAUAACAUUGAUAAGGGUCGCUUAUAAUAUAAUUACCAUGCACGCUCAUAUGUGUCAAUGCUAAUUAUAUCUUAGUACUUUAAUAAUGACCUUUAGCUUGUUUCUAUUUACUUAUGUCUACUUUUAUAUAAACUUAUCUUUAUGUUAUAGUAAUUUACACUA